AAAACUAUACAAGUUGCAACUCUCUUUAUUAUUCCUUCUUCAUCUUCUCUUCUCCAUCACAACUUCUAAAUUCCAAUUCAAUUACACUUUCUAGAAUUUUCGAAAAUCCAACCUAUCCGAGGUUUUUGUUCUUUUUAAGGUAAGAGUUUGAAGAAUUCGACUUUAAUAAAUGUCGGUGGCGUUCACGAAUCUCUCGUGGUGGUUAUGGAGUGGAAAGCAUCAAGAAUCAAGGAUUCCGAAGGGGGGUUCGAAAAACUCUUCGACGGAUUUGAACAUGUUGGAAUCUGAGGUGAUGAGAUUUCCUUUGGUUCAAGCGAACAUUGGUUCGUCGUCGAGGAAGGUGAAGAGAAAAUGGAAUAGUAGGGAGGAGAGGAAAGUGGAUAGGGAAUAUGAUGUUGUUCUUGUUCCAUCUGAUGGUGGAUGUGUUUCGGGUUCGGAAUCGGAUGAUUCUGAUUGGUCUAUUGGAUGGUUGGAACCUCAUGGACCUGGUUUUCCAAGUGAUGAUGAAACUGAUAAUAGUUUUGCAGUGUUGGUUCCUUGUUAUGGAAGAGAUUAUGGUAGGAUUCAAGAGGAUACUAAAGCUAACUUACUCGAUGGUGUUGGAGUUUUUUUGGACAGUUAUUCUGAUGAAAGCAAGAAAUAUGUGGAAAACUGGCUAUCAUCUCUUCGAAACACUUGACGAACUAAUCUUCAUCGUUUUGAUCUGUAUCUUCAUGACAAAAUCCUCUGAUAUGAUCUUUAGCCAACCAAAAAUUGUAUAUUGUAAAUAAUGUUAAAAAAAAAAGAGCACUCUUAUGUGAUAUGAUGUCUAAUAUGAUUGGUAAAUUUCUUGGAAAUAAUUGAAACCUAUGAGGAGCAAACAUUAUGGUCAAGAAUAAAGCAACUGUAAUGGUGGUGGUGCUUUUGCAUUGAGAAUAAUGUGUAACUUGUGUUCUUCUUCUUCUCUUGCUUUGAGAAUCGCGACAAUGCGGCGAAAUCGGGAGCAAUGUGGAUGAAUGAAUGUUUGAAGUGUGGUGAUUUUGUAGCUUGCAAUUUGUUGAUGUAAAUAUGAAUGUAGAUAUUGGAAUUUGAUUUAAUGCUUAAUCUUGUUCUU